UGAAAGUGGCAUAGCUCUAUUCAGUUUACUCGCCGCUCUGAUCAGGAUGGCAACUAAGAACAAUCAUCUGAUUAAACUACGAGAGAUGAAAGAACUUAUGGACUUAAUAAAUCCACCACCAGUGUACAUUGAGAAAAGGCCAGAGUUUCGAAAAAAGAAACCUGAAGACGAAGAACCGAGAUCGUCCCGUGCGAUGCUAUGGAGAACCAAGAAAAUCAUAGACUACACCAAUCCGCUUGAGGACAUUGUUAUGCGAAAACCUCAACCAAAACCAGAGCCCUCAAAGGCUGCUAAGCCACCACGGAGUUCUAAGAGCAAGAAAACGAAAAAAGUUGAAGAUCGCCCUGUGGAGGAAUCACCGGUUGAGAGAAGAGUCAGUAUCAUCGAAUGCAUGCCAACAAUCACAUGGAAUUUUGACCAGGGGAAACCGAAAGAUAAAGUCGAAAUUCCAAAAUGGAUGGAACCUUUCGAUACGACUGGUCUAUUUGAGGCACGUUACGACAUUCUACCAAUGGAAUUGAUCAUAAUUAUUUUUAAACAAAUUACCAACCGUGAUCGGCUUGCAGCCGGUGAAACUUGCCGGCGCUGGAACGAGGCUUCCCAUUACUACGAACCGUUCCUUAAUCAGACCUAUUACCACUUCGACCGAGUUGAGUUUGGUGAUCAUGUCGCUCCGUUCAAAUACUUCAGCAAGGGCUUCCGUUAUUACCCGCGUUUGGUGUUCACACAAGUUGAAUUUAACAAGCAUAGUGAUUUCUGGGAAUUACAUGGGCUUUGGAUAACUGAGUUAACGCUUCGAUGCUGCAUAAUUCGGAAAAAGAAGUUCUUAUCGAUCAUGCGGAAUCUACUCAAUCUACGCCGUCUCGAGCUGAUGCAGUGCGAUGAAUUGUUCAAAAACUGGACCAUCGAAUACAAUACUUCAGAGCCAAUGUUUCCAUUUUUCCUAUUUUGUCUCAAACACCUUUCUCUUUCCGGCUGUGACUACUUCAACGAGUUUCACUUCGAGCGUUUCAUCACCAUGGCUCCGAAUUUACAGUCGAUUGACGUUUCAAACUGUUUCAUAAACCUAUAUCUUUCGAAAAGGAUCACUAUGCUUGAUCGCGUGAUGAAACUAAUCAGCCGGAAUCGACAUCACAUGAAAUGCCUCAAUCUCACCGACACUCCUUGUGUGGAUGAUUUCACGUGGCACUGCUUAUGCGAUAUCGAAGAGCUCCGCCUCACCCACUUCACUAUGGCCUAUAGUGAACGGGUUCCGCUCAAGGAUCCCGGCAUCAUACGGUUCUUUACCAUCCAGAGCGGACUCACACACCUGGACCUAACGUCCUCCAUCGGACUGAACGACGACUGCAUGCAGAUCAUCAUCACAACAUGUUUGCUGCUGCAUACCCUAAAGAUCCGUCGCUGUUGGCUACUCAGCGAUGACGGUGUUGUCGAUAUGCACACGCUCCAGCAUUUGCGGGUUCUCGACAUCUCCAGCUGCGAGAGAAUAAGCGACUUCGGCAUCAACACCUUCAUCGUUGGCAAGCGCCAUCGAGAAAUGCACGAACUGUAUCUUUCGCUUCUCAACAACCUCUCGGAAUCGACCCUUUACUACAUCAUGGUGACCUUCCGAAAUGUGCAGAUCUUAGAUCUGGACAGCACGUCCAACUGUGUCUCGGACGAAACAAUCCAAUAUAUAAUAUGCUAUCUGUGGAAUCUACAGCAUCUCAACGUUAUCGCAUGUACAAAGCUUACAGAUGCUGGGUUUACCGGAAUUGAUCUGCCGCACAAGACAUUUGCCAUCUGGGAUAUUGAAGAAACGUUUUCAAUCGAGAGACUGAAGAAGCUAAAAGUACUAAAAGUUUCCGGAUGUUAUAAACUGACGGACUUCUCCCUGAGAUAUGCGUUUCGCUUUAUGGAACUGAAGGAGCUCAGUCUAUCCAGGUGCCAUCAGCUCUCCAAGCAAGGCAUCGAGAAACUUGUGGAAAAUUGUCCCGCCCUGGAGUAUCUGGAUCUUAGUGAGUGUCCCAAUAUCAACGAUCAGUGCGUCGAGCUGAUCGCACAACACCUGAAACGGCUCAGCACUUUAAAACUCGCAAAUUGUCCUCUGAUUAGCGAAGUCGGAUUGAGUUAUCUUUCUCAGUACUGCAAAAAUCUGAAGUACCUAUACGUGAGAGGAUGCUUUAAACUACCGCCGGAUAUCUCAGAACGCCUGGCUAACAUCACAACACUUAGACAAGUGUACAAAUCAUAGACGUGAUUAGACGUGAUAGACGCGAAUUAAAUAAAAAUUAUUAUUGAGCUAAACCGAGCAUAAAAAUAAAAAAUGUUAUUUGUAAAAUUUCAAUAUUUCCAGCUUCCUAUUCAAUAGUGUUACGUAUUUAAAUUUAUCAUCAAUUUUAAACUUUAUUGAGUAACAACUAAAUAAAUUGUAAAAAAGAACA